GAUUAACAGUAAUAAUAUCGAUCAAUUACUUAAUCAUCAGAAUCAUUUGCAACUAUUAGCUAUCACUUGCUCAGUGUUUCUUAUGAUGAUCACCCUUUAUAAUAAAUAGUAAAUCACUCCCAUGUCAAUUGUUUUUACAUGUUUGGAAAUUCGUAUUCAAUUACUGCUCAUAGGAAUUACAUGCAAUUGAUUAAGUAGUUAAUUACUUGUCUCUCACUGUAUGUAUUUAUAUGAUUAAGUAGUAAUUACUUGUCUUUCACUGUAUGUAUUUAUGUGUGGGUGGGUCGGUGUGUGUGUGCAUAUAAAUCAUAUCCAAGCUGCAUUCUUUCAUUCAAUCCUUUGACACCUUAACCAGCAAUAUGAAACAAGCAUCCCCACCUCCUCAACAAAUUGCAGAACCAAGAAAGCCAAGGCUCUUGCCUUCGAGGCGCCCAACCAAUCCUUUUGUCUGGUGUGGCGCCAUUGUAUGCAUCAUACUCAGUCUUCUCCUCAUCGUCACCGGUAUCAUCAUUCUCAUCUUCUUUCUAGUUGUCAAACCGAAAAACCCUGUCUUUGAUAUUCCAAGUGCUAGUCUCAACACGAUAGUAUUCGACUCACCUUUUUACCUCAAUGCCGGUCUCACUUUCCUUGCCAAUUUCUCCAAUCCUAAUGACAAGAUGGAUGUCAUGUUUGAGUAUAUAAACAUUGAUCUCUACUUUCAAAACAGGCUUAUCGCCUCACAAUCAUUGCCGCCUUUUCUUGACAGAACCAAUGAAGCAAAGCUCGGAGCGGUCCAUAUGAUAUCUAGUGAAGUGUAUCUUUCUCCUGGGCUUGCAACAGAGCUUCAAAUGCAGAUGAAGAACAACAGUGUUUUGUUUAAUAUCAGAGGGGCUUUCAGAGUAAGAGUUAGUUUCGGCUUUGGUCGUUAUACCUACUGGUUUUACGGGUUGUGCCAGAUCGAGCUCACAAAUCCUCCGGCUGGAGUUCUUGUUGCAAGAAUUUGCAAGACUAAGUGAAAGUGAAACUACAUUCAACUUCUCAUUCUUCAUCAUCUAAUGAUAAUCAAAUCUCGAAUCAAAAUGGACACAGAGAUGCAUUGUUGGAAGGAUAUUACUCUUUUGUUGAUCAUGACUUGGUUGAUUAUUUGAAGUAAUUAGGAGUAAGUGCAAGUUGGAUUUGUUAUGCAUCAUAGUACUAGUUGGAAUCAUUGUAUUCUAAUGAGCAUUUUGCUUUAAUGUUUUUUUAUUAAUACUUUUUUUGGAUUGUGAGAUUUGGAAAUGAAGAGAUGUUUGUGUUGUGUGAA